UUGCAUCGGCCGAAAAGAAUAGAGAACAUCCAAUAACGAAUACUCCUCCAGAGUCAAACACAGAUUCAGCGGCAACCCAUAAUCCGGAACAGACAGCCACGUUCACCAAAACAACCAGGAUAACGAAAGCAACCGAUACGCCAUCAAGUGAACGCACACAACAACCAUCAACAAAUAUCAAACGUCCAAAGUCGGAUGAGCCAAAAAUCAUCGACGCAAGUCCAG